ACGGAUGUACUGAUUUAGUUGUGUUUCACACAGAGAAUAAACUCUCCUGUGGAUGGCAAACCCCUGUCUACGAUUCGUCACUAAAGACACAACGCAGAGAUUUAACUUGAUGGCCACGUAGAGAUGAGACCGGCUACACAGGCAUACUAAAAAUAUAGACCACCCUCUGCUCCAUCCAGCCCCCCUACUCCCCUCCUCCUCCUGCACAAGGGACUAAGGAGGUUUUCAGCACUUGCUACGGCAGCUCACAAUGGACAGCACCACAAAGAGUCAGUGAUCCCUCGCAUCACCUGAACGCUUGACAGAAGCCACAGCUGACAAGCAAUCUCAGUGUUCAGUAGAGACAUCUGUAGAAAAAGUGGAAAAGAUAGCCGAAGAGCACUGUGGACUACCCCUUAAAAAUACAUAAGGUUUUGAACUUGCAACUCCAAAAAGCCAUUUUUCAAAUAUCUCUUCUUGCUCUAAAAACAACAUCAGCACAAUGGAAGAAGACAUGGAUGAGGGGCAGACCCAGAAAGGAUGCCUUGAAUGCUGCAUCAAAUGCCUAGGUGGAAUCCCAUACCCAUCCCUCAUAGCCACCAUCUUGCUAUAUGCGGGAGUGGCUCUGUUCUGCGGCUGUGGACACGAAGCCCUCUCUGGCACCGUCACCAUCCUCCAGAACUACUUCGAGGUGGUGCGGAGUCCGGUGGACACACUGGAUGUCUUCACCAUGAUUGAUAUUAUCAAGUAUGUGAUCUACGGCAUUGCAUCAGCUUUCUUUGUCUAUGGCAUCCUGCUGAUGGUGGAGGGCUUCUUCACCAGUGGAGCCAUUAAAGACCUGUAUGGAGACUUCAAGAUCACCACCUGUGGACGCUGUGUCAGUGCUUGGUUCAUCAUGCUGACAUACAUGUUCAUGCUGGCUUGGCUCGGAGUGACUGCUUUUACCUCACUCCCAGUCUUUAUAUAUUUCAACAUCUGGAAUAUUUGCCAAAACACUACUGUGCUGGACGGGACUAAACUCUGCCUAGACCCACGCCAGUAUGGUAUUGUGCCGAUCACAGAGACAAAACCGAUGUGUACUGGAACAGAAAAGACUAAUGUUUGCUGUGAUUUGUCUUUACAACAGCUGGACAUGACGUUCCACCUGUUCAUCUGUGCCCUCGCUGGAGCAGGAGCUGCUGUUAUUGCUAUGAUCCACUACUUGAUGGUGCUGUCUGCCAACUGGGCCUAUGUGAAGGACGCCUGCCGGAUGCAGAAAUACGAGGACAUCAAGUCAAAGGAGGAGCAGGAGCUUCACGACAUCCACUCCACCCGCUCCAAGGAGCGUCUCAAUGCCUACACAUAAAGCCCAGCGCGAGGCCUGGCCCUGCCACUCCAGCCUCUCUCCCUCUAUCUCUCCCUCCCGUCUUUCUAUCUGUAUCUCUCUACCAUCCCCUCCCGAGGGGGGGCGGAUGGCGCCUAGGGCCCUCACCACCGCUGAUGUCACUGGUGCGUCAUAUGACAAUGUGGUCUGGGGGGAACGUCACACAAACCUCCCCAGUCACAAACAGCAUUUCAGAUAAAAAAAAAAAGCCCCUUUACCUCUCUCAUGGAUGGUGUUAUGAUUAUCAUUAUAGCAGUUACAUUAUUCUUGAAUACAAGAUGUUUAGUGCUGACAGCAGUUUUAGUGUGUUAGUAGAAUCAAAGUAGCAGUAGUAUUUCCGUUUUAAGUCAUUUGCAUAUUUUUACAUUUUUUCUUAGAUUUUUAUUUGAUGCCAAGUGACAUUUUGCCCUCAUGUAUAAUUUAUUUUCUUUGUUGAUUUGUGGGGGGUCAACUGGGGCUUAAAAAAGGUUUUCAAGCACAUUUCUCAUGCUGUGUGUAUGUGUGUGUGUGUGUGUGUGUGUGGAUAUUUCAUGUUCAAGAGCUAUGUAUUGUAUGCGAAUGGAUGGUUAGUUUUUAAACUAUUUUAAAUCUCACAAUGCAACUAUGAAGCAGCCUAAGCCUUUGUCAUACUAGUAUCGUCAGGGAUUAAAACGACUUUCAUAUGAAAGCAACUGAAUCUGUUUUUCUAUUUGAAGCUGCACAGUACCAAUUAUAAAUACCAAAUCGUGAGAGUAAAAGAAAUAUUUGCUAGAUGUUCCAACCCUGUUAAACAGAAAACAAUGACUCUGACAGAUAUCAAAGAUGGCAUUAGUCAAUUAGAGAGAAAUUAUUGGUUGUUCAUGGUAAUCCUUCCAUUUCUAGGUAUUUUAGGACUGUGAAUGAUUCCAUUGUCUUUGACUCACAAGUCACAAAAGCACAUGCAAACCAUUUCAUAGCCCCUUUUUUUAAUUUCUUAAAAAUGCAACUUUAUAUACACUAAAAUCCUGAAUUUGCAGAACUCUGCACUGUAUAUACCGAUAUAGCAAAGCACAUGUGUAUGUUAAGCACAGACAUUUAAAGACAAUUCAUGUGAGAAUAACAAGAGAUCAUUGUGGGUCAGUCCACUCUGCAUCCAUCAGUCUCAAACAAAAAAGAAGGCAUGACAAUAAAAAGUUGUGGUGUAAUGACACUCCUUGGUGGAACUAUGAGAUGUAAGAAAAGUGUCUGUCACAGUAAUUUUGUUCAUGACAGUAACUGUAUUGCCUACACAUCCGGAUGCCAUACGACCACAAAGGUGACUUGUCAGUUCGUUGCCUGGCAAAGUUUGUUUUGUCAGUAUUUCUAAAAGCUAGUUUCACGCAGUUAUUUGACCAUUUCUGUGCUCUCUCUAGUUGUAAGCGCAUUAGUGUUCAACUCAAAGUUGGAUAACUGUACUGUUAGUAAAGACAAUGAAUUUAGAUGUUUUUUGUGGCAUGGACAUACAUUAAUAUAGUCUUACUGACUCAAAAGCUACUUUACUUCACCUCCUUAUUUUUACACUUUUGACUGUCUUGCUGGAUCAACCCUUUGUUUAUAUGUGCAGUACUAAACCUCCCAUGCUUAGCGCAUUAUGCUACUGAUAUUAGAGACUGUUGUCUUUGAGUUGUGUCUGUUUAGUUUGUGAUGAGCUCGCAACCAUGUCUUAAAACUUGUACCAACAUUGCUUACUCUGUAAUGAUCUAAAAAAUGCUUUCAGCUUUCUCCUCAUAUUUGUCUUUUGUACAGUCAAUAUAAAUGCUUAGUAGCAGGCUUUAAACCGACUCUGUUUUGUAUAUUCAUGUGCCAACAGCUUGAAGUGGCUUAUUUGACAUGUAUGAUCAAAUUUGCUUGUACAAAUAAAGUUCACAUGUGUAAUUGUUAAUAAAUA